AUAGAGAGUAUUCAGUCUCUACGGUUAUUUGAGUUUUGUGAGUAAGACAGAGCAAAAUUUAUGAACCAAUAGAAACGAUGAUUGAAGCAAAACUCAAAUAUUUGAUUGGUUAAAAAUGAAGAAAGCGUAAUACCCGAAAUUGUAACUCAGCUAACGCGUGAGAUUGAAUGCAAAUGUAACGCAUAAACACAGUUGAAUUUGAUCCUGGAAGCUCACAGUUACGUUGAUGAUUACGUCGUCAGUGCCGGUAUAAGUUCGUUAAAUUUUUCUUUGUUAUUAAUAAGUAAUUUUUUCUAACAAAAAUGCCAAAAAAAACACAAAGAAAUGGGUUCUAUUAUUUUAUGUUGGAUUUUAAAAGAAGAGAGGAAAAAAAAGGAAAUAAAUUCAACGAUUUGAGAGAAAUUCAAGAUAAUCCUAAGUGUGAUCAAGAAUGGAAGGCAUUGUCGGUUGAAGAAAAAAAAAAGUAUAAUGAUAAAGCAAAGAAAGACAAAGCAGGUGCUGCAGAAAAACGUACAGGUCUUGGAGAAUCAGUAAAGUUGCUUGAAAAACAACAAAUUGAACAACAAAAGUAUGAAAUAAUGAUGAAAGAAUACAUUGAUUGUAAUAUCGAUCAAGCAUAUAAUUUUAACCAACUUGAUCAUAUGUCAUUUUAUUUUAUACAUGUCAACUGGUAUUAUACUAAAACAGAUCGUAACAAUGUUGUUGACUACAUUCCCGCAGAAUUCUCCGUGAUUGAAUUUUCUUUGAGUGAUGGUAUUAAAAGAUGUUAUCAAGAGAUCAUUAAAAUUGUAGUCGAGACAGGAUAUACUAGGGAAAAUCUUGAACAUAGUGAAGCUACUCACAAAAUUACUGCUUGUAAUCAAGGGGAAACAAGUGAUUAUAAAGAUUUAUAUAAUAAAUUUUUUGACUUUAUCUCUUCUGGAGAUAGAUCAAUAAAAAAACUUCCACCUUUAUAUACAUCAAGAAAAAUGAAAACUGUUGUUCCUUGUCUUUUUGAGCGUAUGACAGCAGCUGCUGAUACUUCUAGAGAAACCUUUGAUUUAUUUUCUUUGGAAUAUUUAUUUGGUACAUUGAUGUUGCGUUUAAAUGAAGAAUUUCCAGAGUCAGGUAACCGUGCUUCUUUAGCAGAAGCAGAGCUAGAGAAAGACGCCUUCGUUUGGACACCUAAUAUUGAAUGUGCAUAUCAUAGUCAAGUGGGAAGUGGACGAUAUUGCAGUCAAUCUAUUGUAACUCAAUGGGCGUUCACAUUCUGUGAUUAUUGUUGUCCAUUAUUAAGGAUUAAAAUGAUUAAUGGAAAACACUGCCCUAAUAAUAAUGAUGAUGAAUCACUGACGGCUAGUAUGCAUUCAAUGCGUAUAAAGGAAGAUAAAGCCAGCACACUUAAAUCUAGUACUGGGGUUAGUGAAUCUCAUCGUCAACAAGUUAGUUCACGGACUCGACAAGAGAACGAAGAACGUAAAAAACAAGGACGUGCUUUAACAAUUAUUGAUUAUAGUGAGAUUGAGGAAGAGAAAACUUCAAUUAUUGUUCCUUCGGCUAGUGUAUCAGCGUCUAAUUCAAGGGGAAAACAACAACCACUUCGCUAUCCUAUAUCAUUAUCUGAAGUUUUCACCGAUCAUUGUACUGAUUCACCGCCAAAAGUUGAUGAUGAUAACUAUCCAGCAAUUGGUGCUCUUAAAUCAAAGUCACGUUCGAAAAAAUAAAGUCAAGUUAAUGAAUUACAGAAAAAAAAACUUCAGUUUGUAUUAUCGAACCAUUUCAUUCUUUAUUUUAUGUCAUUAACAAUUGGAUUUUCAUUGAUAAUCAUUUAAAUAUAAAAACUCAAAACUUAGUCUACACGUAUACUAUAGAAUUUAAUACGUAUUAUUUUUUGACAUUCUCAUAUCUGAAAUGAAUUCAUUUCUAUAAUUUAUUUUCUUUAACAUUACUUCAUUUGAUAAUCUAAGUAUAUUUUUACUUUUCUUCUAUAUCGAUUGCAUUUUAUAAAUUUAUGGAGACAAAGAUAUAAGAAAAUUUAUUAAUGUAAUCAUUCAAAUUCUAAAUAAACAAUUUAUAGAAGUUUUGCACUGCUUUCUAGCAAGUAACUGCAGUUGUCAUUAUCAUUCUAUUAGGCUUACAUGCGUUGUGAAUUAUUUGUUAUAAAUAUUUGAUGUACAGCUUUAAUUUCAGAGAGAAAAUGAAAUGUGCAUAAGAGAUAAAAAUAAAACACCUUCGAUUAACCAGUAAAA